GCGAUUCCCAGUGUCCGCGUACAUAUCGUUGUCGUGCCGUUAAUUGGAAAAUCGAUCGUUUAACGCGCGCGUUUUAUCGGUCCAGCGAUCGUCGUGUUCCGUCGACAGUCAGUAGUUAGAUCCGGGUAUCCGACCACUGGGAGAUAUGUCGUAUAUACGUAAAUACUUCAAGAGGACGCCGGUCUACGUGGUGGAAGACCACGAUGAGGCUUUACCGUUUAUAUAUCGGUGUAUGGGAUCGAAGCAUCUGCCCUUCGAAGAUAACACCUUCGUACAUCUGGAUUCACAUCCUGAUAUGCUGAUACCGAAGGAGAUGCCAGCCGAUACAGUGUGGGAGAAAAAUCAAUUGUUCAGCGAGAUCAGCAUCGAGAAUUGGAUUCUGCCUGCAGCAUACGCGGGUCAUUUUAAGAAUCUGAUUUGGAUAAAACCACCAUGGGCGAAUCAGAUGACUGAUGGUGUAUUGACGUUCCUCAUUGGCAAGCAAAAGGAGACCGGCUUAAUAAGGUAG